AUGGCUCCCAAACGCCGUGUGGCAUCAGGCCAACCAGCUGCCAAUUCCUCUUCACCUCCUACACCGUCAAAGACGACUCUCAAUCCAACGUCGACACAAAGCCAUUCGGCAGGCGCCUCCCUUUCUGCCAAUUCCCAAACUCAGGACAUCGUGGUUGGCAUCUGGCAGCGAUAUCUGACGCAAACACCUAAAAGAACCCUUAUGUUAGAUUCAUUCAUGGCAUUCCUACUUAUUGUAGGAGGCGUACAAUUUUUAUACUGUAUACUGGCCGGGAACUACCCAUUUAAUGCGUUUCUCAGUGGCUUCUCUGCUGCUGUCGGUCAAUUCGUUCUCACUGCUAGUUUGAGAAUGCAGACGAGCCACCAAGGUGGGAAAGAUGGGAAAUCUACGUCUACGUCCAAAUCCGUUUCGAAACCGGCAAAUGGAGAUCUCCCGUCGAAUGGAUUGUCUAGUGAAAGGUUCGUUGUCCUCUGA